CAAUAAUUACUAAAGAGUUUAAAAUUAAGUAUUUCAUAGAUUAUUUGAAAAUGGAAUUUUUAUCCUAUCGUUCCCUUAUAAAGUUUCAUGUUAGCGGUGUUGAACAUACUGUACCAACAGAAGAUGUCACCCCGGAGACUACCCUUAACACCUACCUUCGAGAGAAGGCCCACCUGACAGGAACUAAGAGAAUGUGUCUGGAAGGAGGUUGUGGCAGUUGUUUGGUUGCAGUGGAGGAAACAGUCAAUAACGAAAAAAGUGUGUUUUCUGUUAACUCGUGUUUAGUAUCGAUAUUCUCUUGUCACGGUUGGAAAAUCCAUACAGUCGAAGGGAUCGGUGGUCCUUUAACGAAGUACCAUCCUAUUCAAAGAAUCUUAGCAGACAAUAAUGGAACGCAAUGCGGAUUUUGCUCUCCUGGAAUGGUUAUGAACAUGUACGCGCUUCACACGUCAGGGCCUGUAACUCAAAGCCAAAUAGAAGAUUCCUUCGGUAGCAAUAUAUGCAGGUGUACUGGUUAUAGAUCGAUUUUGACUGCAUUUAGAAAACUGGCCUCAGAUGCAGAAGAGAAAGUAUGUUUUGAGAAUGGAGACAUCGAGGAUCUUAAAGUUUGCCAGAAAGAUAGUUGUACUGAGGAUUGCGGCAGCAAGUGUAAUAAGAAGAAAAACAACGUUUAUUUCGGACUCAGGACAUCGAAAUGGAUAAAAGUUUACUACUUGAAAGAUUUACUAGAAAUUUUAAGAACUUCAGGAAACGCGAAUUACAUGUUAGUUGGCGGCAAUACCGCUAGAGGUGUUUACAGACAAAGAGUAUCUCCAGACAUUUAUAUUGACGUAACAAGCGUAGAGGAGUUAAGGAAUUAUUCAUUGAAUAAUAACACAUUGGUUCUUGGAGGAAACUAUAUUCUUGAGAACGCAAAAAAGUUAUUUGCCAAAAUAUCUAAAGAAAACAAAAAUUUUGCCUACUUAUCGGAUAUGGCAGAGCAUAUCGAUUUAACAGCAAAUGUACCAGUGAGAAAUAUCGGCACUAUCGCUGGAAAUCUGAUGAUAAAAUACAACCACAAUGAGUUUCCUUCCGAUAUUUUUCUGAUUAUGGAAACUUACGAUGCCAUUAUAGUAAUAGUUGACACUGAAGAGAAUGAGUCUAUGGUAAGCCCUCAGGAAUUCCUCAAGAAAGACAUGAAUAAAAAAGUAAUUAAAAACAUUAUAUUGAAAGGUUACGACAAUUCGUAUAAGUACUUAACAUACAAGAUAAUGACGAGAGCUCAAAACACACAUGCCCUUGUGAACGCUGGUUUCCUAUUACGAUUCCAAGGUGAAAAAAUUGUAUCUGCGAGGAUUAUAUACGGAGGAAUAAAUCCUAAAUUUGUCCAUGCCACAAAGACGGAAAACUAUUUGAAAGGGAAACGUUUGUUCGAUAAUAACGUUUUGCAAGGAGCUUAUAAAAGUUUUGACGACGAACUGCAUCCAGAUUACGUACUGCCGGAUAGUAGGCCAGAGUUUCGGAAGUUAUUGGCAAUAUCUUUAUUUUACAAGUACGUGUUGCACAUAGCACCUGGUGGAGUGGUUGCGAGUAGGAAUAAAAGUGGAGGAACACUUCUGCAAAGGCCGCUUUCGUCAGGAAUACAAGAAUUUGGAACGAACAAAGACAAAUUUCCCUUGGGAGAACCACUCGCUAAAGUGGAGGCGUUAGCUCAAACUUCAGGACAAGCGCAGUAUAUAGCGGACAUUCCUGAUCUUCCAAAUCAAUUAUUCGCAGCAUUUGUAACGGCUAAAGCAGCGCCUAAUUCUCAAAUUGCUACCAUUAAUACUACAAAAGCUCUGAAAAUGAAAGGGGUGGUGGCCUUUUUGGGGAAAGAUGAUAUUCCUGGACAGAAUACGUUUACUCCAAAGACAAAGGAUUUUCAAAUACAAGAAGAACUAUUUUGCAGCGGUAAGGUCCAGUACUAUGACCAGCCAAUAGGUAUAAUAGUGGCUAAGGAUCAAGAUGUGGCUGUAGAAGCAGCUGAAUUGGUUGAGGUGACAUAUUCCCCACCAAAAAGAAAACCGUAUUUAACCAUUAAAGAUGUCCUCAACGCAAAAGAUAAGAGCAAAAUUCACCAUCAAAUAACUGUGAUUCCAAAAGAUAAAGGUACUGAUGUGAAGCACGUCGUGAAAGGAAACGUUUUCCUUGGCUUGCAGUAUCACUUUCAUAUGGAAGUGCAAUGUUGUAAUGUUGUACCUACAGAGGACGGCUUGGAUUUGUAUCCCUCAUCGCAGUGGAUGGAUGCGGCUCAACUCGCAUGUUCAGCUGUGUUAAAUAUUCCCAUGAAUAGAAUCAACCUGCGUAUACGCCGCCUUGGUGGUGCUUUUGGUGCGAAAAUCACGCGGAACAGCAUGCUGUGCGCAGCAGCUGCCUUGGCAGCUCUCAAACUGCGAAAACCUGUGAAGAUGUGGUUGCCUUUGGAGAAGAAUAUGACCAUUAUCGGCAAGAGGUACCCCUUUUACGCAAACUACGAGGUUGGGGUGAACGAUAAAGGGGUUAUUCAAUAUCUGGAAGCAGAUCUGUAUUCUGAUGUGGGUGUUGGUGGAAAUGAACCAAUAAUUGAUCAUUUGUUAAAGGGCUACCAGAACGGCUAUGAUAUAAGCAGAUGGUAUUUUUCAAUAUAUACUGUUUCCACGGAUACCCCUGCUAACUGUUUUACGAGAGCUCCUGGAACUCUGGAAGGCGUUUGUUGUAUAGACAGUAUAAUGGAGCACAUAGCUUAUUCUAUAAAUUUGGAUGCCGCUGACGUGAAAGAAGCUAACAUUGAUAAAAACAAAUAUCCUAAAAUAAUGAAAUAUUGGAAGGAUAUUCAAACUUGGGGAGAUAUUGCUAAUAGGAAGAAAAACAUACGAACUUUUAAUGAGACAAAUCGAUGGAAGAAAAAGGGCAUGUCUUUGGUGCCGAUGGUAUGGACACUGAUAAUUAAUUUUAACUACACCGUAUCAGUGUCUAUUUUCCACGGCGACGGUAGUGUCGUUGUAUGCCACGCAGGUAUAGAAAUCGGACAAGGCAUCAAUACUAAGGUAAUUCAAGUAUGUGCUUACAAAUUGGGAAUACCGAUAUCCAAGGUUUCUGUUCAGCCAAGCUACAACGUGAUAUCACCCAAUUCUUCAUGUACCGGUGCCAGUGUCACAAACGAAGGGAUAUGUUACGCGUUACUUAAGGCUUGUGACGUACUGUUAGAUAGAAUAAAUCCAAUAAGGAAGAAGAUGGGGAAUCCGUCAUGGAAGGACUUAAUAGAAGAGUGCUUCAAUUCCAAUAUUCAGUUGUCAGCAUCAGGAUUUUAUUCCGAAUAUGAACCAGGAGUCCAGGAGUAUCCGAUUUAUGGAGUUUGCGCUACGGAAGUAGAAGUAGAUAUUUUGACGGGCCAACAUCAGAUUUUAAGGGUAGACAUCAUUGAAGAUGUAGGAGAUAGUAUGAGUCCCCUUAUAGACAUGGGUCAGGCGGAAGGUGCAUUUGUAAUGGGGAUCGGAUAUUACACUACAGAAGAAAUCAUAUUUAAUGACGAAGGAAAAAUUCUUACGAAUAGAACUUGGAAUUAUAGACCACCUGGAGCUAAGGACAUCCCUAUCAACUUUAGGAUAAAGUUUCCAGAAAAAAAUCCAAAUCCUGUGGGAGUACUCAAAUCGAAAGCGAUUGGAGAACCUCCAAUGUGUCUUUCCUGCAGUGUUCCGUUAGCAAUUAGAAAUGCUUUGGCUUCCGCCAGAAAAGAAGCUGCCCCCGAUAAGCCAAAAUGGUAUCCCAUUGAUGGAACAAGCACUAUUGAAAAUACACUUUUGAAUUCUCUCAAUAAUUACAAACAAUAUGUUUUAUAAAGAAGUUAGAAUUUUAGUUUUCAAUGUAUAAGGUGUUAUUAGGGUUCCAAUAUCUUCUAGCUGUUGUGACAAUUUAUUGAUCAAUUAAUUCAUGAAGUCGCUUCAUCAAGAAAUUGGACAAGUGCAAUGCACCAAAUCUGC